AUGCCUCCUUUCGUGUUCAUCGACAAGCCAUCUGUAGAGGACGAAUCCGUGCGCCUUCGCAAGGAGUUUGCGACCCUCGUUGACAAGCUGGACGCAACAAUCAAGACCAUUCCGGAUGACAGACCAGAGUUGAUGCAAGAGAAGCGGGACUGGAAUGCGCAAUGGGAUGCGUUAUCUGUGAGUGCCCGGUGUUCCUUUCUUCGUGUUGUGCUGAUUGGACGAUGCGGAGAAAAUGGACGUGGUUUGGGCGAUGCUGGGGGUGGGGAGGAGGAUGCGGAUGGGGAGCCUGAGGUUGCGAGCGCCACAGUGGUGACGUCUGCCAACGUGCGCGUAAGGCGAAGAAGCCCGCAGAAGCUGAUGAGCCACGCGUGUCGGAUGUGGUUUGCGCAGAAAUCUGGUGCUCGUGCGGUCGUCCCGGGUGCUAAGGUUGACCACGUUCUUCCUUGUGGCAAUUGCAAGAGGCGUGACCAGCCUUGCAGUGGUUCGCGGGGUCAGCAAUGCGAUCCCUGUAAGGUUGCGAGGACCAAAUGCGAGUACGCGUCCUUUGGGAAGGCAUCCACUAAGAAGGCCCCGUCCGCAACUCCUGUUGCUGGUGGAUCUCGCCUAUCCGCGCCUGGUUCCAUUCGUCGUACCGUCUCCUCUCCGGAACGCCAGAUACUCGAGGUCUCUGAUAGUGAGGUGGGUGCUAGACGACGUUCGGUCGUUACUGGGAAGGGAAAGAAGCUGGCAGUAGAGGACGAUGUUGGUGAUGCGGAGGAUCUGGAGGAGUUGCACGAGAUGCGCCAGGUGCGUGCGCAGCUCAUGCAAGCCUAUAGCAUGAUCUUCGAGGCCACCCUUGCGCUCGACAAGCAGGAGCAGCGCAUCCUCAAGAAGCGUGCUGCCCGCAAGUAA